GUGCAAGUUGGCAGACAGGCCCCGGUACUCUCUCUCUCUCUCACACACACACACACACACACAGUCUCUAUGAAAAUUUGAUGAAGUCGUCCUUUUGUGGAAUGUGGAAACAUCAAAGAUGGAAAAGGAGACUAAAGAUCUAUUCAACCCUACAACACAGUCCACAAUAUCAUUGUCAAUUCAACCUGGUCUCUACGAAUAUUGCUAUAACAAGACACGCAAAGAAUGGCCAACUCCAAAUAGCUCGAAAACUGUUCGACGAAAUGCGUGAACGAACCGUUGUCUCAUGGAACACUAUGAUUUCUGGCUACUCUAAAUGGGGAGAUUUCAAUGAAUCUCUUAGUCUAGUUUCAGCUAUGCACCGAACCAACAUGAAGCUCAAUGAGAGCACUCUUUCUUCAGUACUAAGUGUGUGUGCUCAUUCGCAGUCAUUAAAUAAUGGUAAGCAAAUUCAGUGCCUUCUUCUGAAAUCUGGGUUUGAGAAUUAUGAGCUUGUGGGUAGUGCUUUGUUGUAUUGUUAUGCGAAUUCUUUUGAGAUUGAGGAAGCAAGAAAAGUGUUUGAUUUGUUGCAUGAAAGGAAUGAGUUGUUAUGGAGUUUGAUGCUUGUCGGUUAUGUGCAAUGCAAUUUAUUGAAUGAUGCUUUGUAUGUUUUUAAUAGAAUGCCAAAACGUGACGUUAUUGCGUGGACAACGUUACUUUCGGGUUAUUCGAAGAGUGAGGGUGGUUGUGAGAAGGCUUUGGAGUUGUUUUGGUUGAUGAGGGAUAGCAGUGAAGCUGUACCAAAUGAGUUCACAUUUGAUUGUGUUAUACGGGCUUGUGGUAGAGUUGGUGUUUUGCACGAGGGAAGGGCUGUUCAUGGGCUUGUGAUACGAUAUGGGUGCGAGUUGGAACAUUCAAUUACCUGUGCACUGGUUGAUUGUUAUUGUAAUUGUAAAGCUAUGGACGAUGCCAAGAGAGUUUAUGACAGGCUGGUAAAUCCGUGUUUAAAUGAUUCAAAUAUGCUGAUUGGAGGGCUUGUAAUGCUCGGUAGGAUUGAAGAAGCCAAAAUUAUCUUUGAUGAUUUGGCUGAAAGAAAUCCUGUUUCAUAUAAUUUGAUGAUUAAAGGGUAUGCUGUGAGUGGACAAGUUGAGGUUUCAGAAAGGUUGUUUCUAGAAAUGCCUUGUAGAACUUUAGCUUCCUCAAAUACUAUGAUUUCUGUGUAUUCCAGGAGCGGAGAAAUUGAUAAGGCUUUGAAACUUUUUGACGAAACAAAAGGGGAAGGAAACACUGUGACGUGGAAUUCAAUGAUCUCAGGUUACAUUCAAAAUGGUUUGCACGAAGAGGCCCUAAACCUAUAUAUAACGAUGCUCAGAUUAUCAAUGUGGCAAAGUAGAUCGACUUUCUCUGCACUGUUUCAUGCAUGUUCAUGUCUUGGAUCUCUUCAACAAGGACAACUACUUCACGCCCAUUUGGCUAAAACGCCAUUUGAAUCCAAUGUUUAUGUUGGAACAGCCCUUAUUGAUAUGUACUCCAAAUGUGGGAGCAUUGCUGAUGCUCGAGCUUCCUUUAUUAGCAUAUCUUAUCCCAAUGUGGCAGCUUGGACGGCUCUCAUUAAUGGGUAUUCACAUCACGGGCUUGGAUCUGAGGCAAUCUUACUCUUUGAGCAUAUGUUGGAGCAAGAGGUGGACCCAAAUGGAGCAACGUUUGUUGGUGUCUUGUCUGCUUGUAUUCGUGCAGGUUUGGUCAAAGAGGGGUUGAGGUUUUUCCAGUCAAUGAAAGGAUGUUAUGGCAUAACCCCAACCUUGGAACACUUCACAUGUGCAGUAGAUCUUCUUGGUCGAGCAGGCCAUCUAAGAGAAGCUGAGGAACUUAUAAAAGAGAUGCCAAUUAAAGCGGAUAAGGUCAUCUGGGGGGCAUUGCUUAAUGCUUGUUGGUUCAGGAUGGACAUGGAAGCAGGUGAGAGGGUGGCUGAAAAGAUGCUUAGUUUGGACCCUAAGCCUAUAUCUGCUUAUAUUAUUUUGUCCAACAUAUAUUCAGGAUUGGGUAGGUGGAGGGAGAAGAUGAAGGUCAGGAAGAUAAUAAGGGGCUUGGAAGUGAAGAAAGAUCCUGGGUGUAGUUGGAUUGAGCUGAACAACAGAGUUCAUGUGUUCUCCGUGGAAGAUAGAACCCAUCCAUACUUUGAUGUUAUUUGCGCAACUUUGGAGUAUCUAACCACUAAUGUUAACUCCACUGUUCAAUAUGACGAUUUUUUUUCAUCAAUAACAGAUGCUAGAAUAUUCAGUGCAACAUUCUGUCAUAACUAA